AUGGGGAAUGCGAACGCCGACGCGCUGGACGGGUCCACAGCGGUCCGCGAGAGCUGCUACGCCGAUCGCAGCGCGGUGGUCACCUGCACCCUGUAUAGCAUUUGCACUGCGGCGCUGCUGCUGCUGAACAAAGUGAUCAUAAGCUAUGCGCCGCUGCCGUCGAUGGUAUCAACGCUUCAGUUCUUGGCGACCGUGCUGGCGGCGCUCUUUGCGAUGGUCCAGGGCGUAGCUCCGGUGGACCGCUUCCUGUGGGAGCGCGCCAGGCAUUACCUCCUGUACGUGGCGAUGUUUGUGACGACCAUCUACUGUAACUUCAAAGUGCUCGAAGUGUCCAACGUGGAGACUCUGAUCGUCGCACGAUCCUGCGUGCCGUGCCUAGUCGCGCUGCUCGAGUACGCCUUUCUGGGCCGCCAGCUCCCAUCCUGCCGCUCGUGGCUCGCGAUGCUCGUCAUGUGCAGUGGCGCGGUGGGCUACGUUAUGAGCGACGCGGGCCUUGAUGGCAGGCAUAUCGUUGGCCCACACCUCGGCUUUGGAAGCAUGUGGGGUCCGACGCUGUACACCAACACUAUCUCCAUCCCCCCGAUGGUCGCUAUCGGGCUCCUCUCUGGUGAGCAAGAGGCUCUCUUGCGUCACGCCGACUGCUCCAAGUCCAGCCCGGUGGAGGAUGCCGACUCGAACCAAGCCGUCGUUCUUCUCGUCCUCAUCUCGUGCGCUCUCGGCGUGGCUGUCGCGUUCCUCGGCUUCGAGGCUAGGAGGCUCGUGUCGGCGACGUGCUUCACAGUGUUGGGCGUGGCGGGGAAAAUGGCGACGGUGACCGCCAACGGGCUGAUCUGGGACAAGCACGCCUCGCCCGAGGGUAUUGCGUUUCUGGCGGCCUGCCUGGCCGGUGCGGCCAUAUACCAGCAAUCUCCGCUGCGAAGCGGGGCGAUCCAAAGGAGAGAUGACCGCGAGAUGACGAUGCAACCGAUUCGUCAGCCGGUGAGCGUGCGCGACGAAGGAGCUAGCGACAGUCCUAGCCACCAGCGUGUGUGA